AUGUUCCUCGUUAUUACACUGCUAAUCAUUACUCUAGCGAAUCAUGAAGCUCACGGUAUGGAUCACGAGCUGCCUCCGGAUCUGAAAAGUACAUUCGAGGAGAUCAAUGAACAGCACAAUGCACACCUGGUUCGCCACCUUCCCAAAGAAACAACCUACGGAUGUGGUGGCAUACUCGAUACGGAGGGACGAAGUGACCUCAUGUAUGUCGCCUGUCUCUACAACAAACGGAAAUAA